AUGGCAGCAGCAGCAAGACUGGCGGCGGCUUCCCGGGCCGGGCUGCGACGGGCUUGGCAUGCCUCCUCCUCCUCCUCCUCCUCCUCUCCUGGCUCUUCCUCUGCCUGGGCAGAGGACUUGCUUCGGCGGAUGCACCAGCACGACGCCUGGGACCGCUUCUACGCCGAGCAGGGCCGAGCGGGCAGCGGCCCCGGCCACUUCGACUGGUUCUUUGGCUACCGGGACGUCUCGCCGCUCCUGCGGUCUGUCCUGCAAGGGCUGCCCUCUGGCCCGGCCCGGAUCCUGGACGUGGGCUGCGGCACCUCAGCCCUGGGGUUGGGGCUCUACCAGGACUCCGCCCGCCCGCUGGACAUCUCCUGCCUGGACUUCUCGCCGCUGGCCGUGGCCACCCUGCGCCGGCUGCUGGAGGAGAGCCCCCCCGCGCCCCACCACCCGCACUCCCGCCUGCGCUGCCACCUGGCCGACGCCACCGACCUGAGCGGCACCUUUGAGGCGGGCUCCUUCCACCUGGUGCUGGACAAGGGCACCUGCGACACGCUGCUCCGCUGCCCCCAAGGGCCGGGCCGGGCCCGGAGGCUGGUGGCCGAGUGCCUGUGGGUGCUGAGGCCCCAGGGCCGCCUGCUGCAGUUCUCGGACGAGGACCCCGAUGCCAGGCUGCCCUUCCUGGAACAGGCUGGCGGGGCGGACGUCACCGUCAGGGAGGUGGGGUGCAGCAGCGGCAUCUGCUACUAUGCCUACCUGCUUGGCCCAAGGAGGACCCCAGACUCUGCGGGCAGCAGUGGGGCAGUCCCAGAGCAGGGGCGCUGAGUCGCCACCCUCUGGGGUGGAGCAAAGUCAAGGGAGCGCGACUCUGCCCAGGGCCAGAGCAACCAAGGCCUGUUCACACAGUCCCCUUUGUUUAUUUAUUUACUUAUUUAAAUUGUUCUUAUAUAUACCACCUCCUCCAAAGACUUUAGGCGGUGAACAACAAUACCAAUACCAAUUAAUUAAAAUAAUGAUAAUGGAAGGGCAAACGCCUGGCGAAACAGGUGGGGCUUGAAGAAGGGCCUCAAAAAAGCUGCCGGGGAGCAGGCUGGAUCUUGGACUCGGUUUCAUGUGGGUUGCCAGCACUGUGCGAAUCCGUGAAGGCGAGAAUCGCCCUGGCCUGAGUUCACACAAUCUUUCAUUAACACUGGUAACACCCGUUUGCUGGGAGGGGUUGCUAGGAGGCGUCUGCCUGGCCGAAACAGCUUGUCAGGAUCCUGAAGACAUUUCAGUGGAAACUGAAGCACAGACAAGAACGCAGGCCGCUGCCUCCGACUGAGUCAGGCCCUUGGUCCGUCUCACUCAGAACUGUCUGCACUGACUGGCAGCAGCUCUCCCGGGGACUCGCUUUCCCUGCCCUCCCUGGGGAUGCUGCCAGGGCUGAGCCUGCCUGCCAAGCAGAGGCUGCUCCACUCAGCUCUAGUUUCUAGCGAUUUCUCUCGGGCAAGCAGCUCUGAGCACUGCGGUUGCACAGACAGGCACCCCCUGCCCAGGAACUAGCUGUUCCAGGUCAUCGUUUCCUAAUGUCUGUUGUUGUUUUUAAAUGUUAUCUAGUUUUAAUUGUAAAUUUUAAUUUGCUUUAAACUGGUUUUUGUUUUUAACUGUCCAUUGUUUCUAAUUGUUUGUUUUAAUGUGAGCCAUUUUUGGAAGGGCGGUAUACAAAUCAGACUGAAUCAAUCAAUAAAAUAAUGGAAUAACCAUA